AUGUCAUCGAAAGGAGCAUUUAAUAGGAAUAAUGCUCAGAAGUUUGCUGUCGUGCACAGGCCACACGACGACCCGCAUUUCCACGAUCCAGAAGUAGGAGGACAUGUGUUAGUGCCCGUCAAUGACCCAAAAGCGAAUCGAGCACAAGUAAAGGCCAAAUCUCCACUCACUAGAAAUGUGGUUGGGCAGUCCGCAAGGCAAAGCAGAAAACCCACAAAUGAUCACGUUGGAGAAGCAGCUCUUUAUGGAAUUGGGUUUGAUGAUUCAAACUAUGACUACACAAAGCACUUGAAGCCCAUCGGGACGGACCCCGAGAACUCUUUUUUAAUCAACGCCUCUAAACCAGCUGAAAAACCGCAAACUGCUAAAAAACUCAAUGUUGAGGAUCUAUUUGUCGAACCCGAAUACAAGGAGUCAUCCAAAAAGAAUGAAUCGAUGUUUCAGCGCGGUGUGGCGAAGCGCGAGUAUCUGAUUCAGCAGCAAGAUAUAGAAGAAGAUCUUCGUGGCUUUAAACCAGACUUGAAUCCCGCUCUAAGGGAAGUUUUGGAAGCACUGGAGGACGAGGCCUAUGUUGUAAACAAGGACAUUGUUGUGGAGAAACCUAAAAAGAAGAAGACAGCUGCUGAAGAAACUGAAAGUAUUUUUGGCGCGGAAGAAACUGGCGAUGAGGACAUAUUUGCCGAGCUGCUUAUGAGUGGGCAGGCCGGCGACGCUGAUGAAUUCGAGCAAGAGUUCGACGAAUGGGACAUGGAAAAUCUUGAGGACUACGAAGACGAGCAUUAUAACAACGAGUUACAGCAGUUUCAGAACAUCGAAAACCUUGAGGACUUGCAGAACAUCGAUUACCAGGCUGACGUCGCAAGGUUCAAGCAACACAAGUCCAGAGCCGGGCCUGAAGACGGUUGGGACUCCGUCGACGAGUUCGAAGAUGACGGGGCGAGCCUUUCAGCAGCUUCUAUUGAAGAGGAAGAGCAAGACCAGCUGGGAGACCUUCCAGAUCUCAGCGCGUCAAAAAACAAGAACGCUAAACAAAAAAAGCGCAAAGAUCGCCGCAAGAAAGGAGCCAUGUCUGACGUUUCAGGGUUCUCCAUGAGUUCAAGUGCCAUUGCACGUACUGAGGUCCUCACAGUACUGGACGACAAGUAUGACAGGAUUAUUUCGGGCUAUGAGAACUAUGAGCAGGAGCAAGAAGAAGAAGAGGAGCAGAGUUACCAGCCCUUUGACAUGGCGAAUGAACGUGCAGACUUCGAGUCCAUGCUCGAUGAUUUCUUAGACAACUACGAGCUUGAGAGCGGUGGCAGAAAGCUUGUGAAGAAGAGCAAGGAGAUCGAUCGCUUGAAAAACGCAGCCGACGAGGUCAGUAAAGGAAAACUUUCACAAAGGAGAUUGAAGGAACGCUCCAAGGGUGGUGUUGAUGGUAUUACAGGGAGUCUGAGCAGCCUCAAGUUCUAG